AUGGAGGGCUAUGCAAAAGUCGCGCAUUUGAUGUCCAAAUACGACGAGUUUGCAGUGUUGCGCCGUUUCGAGAGAUUGAACAUACAAAGUCUUCUCUACUCCCAAGCGGAGAUAGUCCACCUCGAAGACAGCCUAGCAAGGCUCGUGGCGCGCGAUGCAGAUGAUCCAGAAAAAGAGUUCCAUGCUAAAGAUUGGUGGUCUUUGGCCCAUGGAGAGGGGGAGACGGGAAGAGAGCAGUGGAGGCUGAUACGCAAGAUCAGAAAGAAACUUGACCGCUAUAGUGAGAGAAAUCAUGAAUGGCGGGUGCGAAGACUAUUGCUGAUUGCUAUGAGAAGACGAUCGUCUCCUCAAACAAGUAGAAAUAUUCAACUUGGAAAGACCUAA